AACUAGCGCCAAAUAAAGGAGGCGGCCUUCUAAGCAACAGCCACGCCCACACUCACAGCCCACCCGGAAAGAUGCUGCUCGGGCUGUGGCUCUGCUUGGCCCUGCUGCUGUGCAGCGCCCAGGCAUUAUCCUUGACGAAUGCUGCCGCCGAGCAGGAGGAGCGCAAGCUGUCGCUGGCGCAGCAUCUCAGCUUUCAAGGCGUGCGCCGCAUGCUGCGCGAUGAGCACGCCCCGGCCCACUAUAAGGCCGAGCUGCGCUACCAGCACAAGCGCGAGACGCAGCCGCGCGAGAAACGCGAAACGUCAGGCGCUGCGCUGCUGAAUCUGACGCGCCAAGGGCUCAGCGUCUACGAUAGCCAGCAGAACUUUCAGGGCCAGUUCGAGCUGGUGCAUCGCCUCGAUCUCAGUCACAAUCGGCUGAGCAGCCUGCAGCUGCAGAACUUCACACGGCUGCAGCAGCUGCACGCCUGCAACAAUUCGCUGACGGCGCUGCCCGCUCUCAGCGCGUCGCUGGUCACACUGGAUCUCUCGGGCAACAGGCUGAGCCGGCUCUCGGGCAGCUUCUUCGAGCAGCGCAUGCCGCAGCUGAAGCAACUGAAUCUGGCGCACAAUCAGCUCGACGGCGCCAUCGAUCGCCAGGCAUUCUACAAUCUAGUGGGUCUGGAAACGCUGCUGCUCAGCUGGAACAACAUCACGGACAUCGACUACGAAACCUUCCUGGCGCUGCCCAAUCUGCAGCAUCUGGAUCUAUCGCACAAUCGCCUGAGCGGCUCAGCCAUACGCGCUCUCCAGGGCAUACCCGAUCUGGUUAGCCUAUCGAUUGCCCACAAUCCGCAGGUGGGCGCCGCCAUGCAGGAGUUCGUCGCCUCCUGGAGCCUCAAGGAGCUGGACGCCAGCGGCACGGGCCUCUGCCAGGUGCCCGCCGCCCUGGCCCAAUCCGUGCGCACGCUCAAGCUGUCGCACAACUGGCUGCAGUCCAUCAACUGCGGCGACCUGGACAGCUACCCGCUGCUGCAGUACCUGGAUCUGUCGUACUCGCACGUGGCACAGUUGGAGGACGAUGCACUGGGUCGGCUGGAGCUGCUCGAGCUGCUGUUCCUCGAUCACAAUAGCCUGAUGCAUGUGCCGAACAGUCUGCCCACCUCGCUGGAGCAUCUGUUUCUGCAGCACAACAGCAUCAUGGAGCUGCAGCCGCAGGCAUUCGCUGGCCUCAAGAAUCUGAAGACCCUGGAUCUGUCCAACAAUCGCUUGAUGUUCCUGCCGGCACUGCCACUGCCCCAGCUGCUCACGCUCAAUCUGCAGUCGGCGGGCAUUGAGUCCGUUAGUCAGGCGAUUGUGCACACGCUGCCCCAGCUGCGCGAUCUCCUGCUGGAGGACAAUCCCGUGCGGUGCAGCGAUUUGCUGGGCAUUGCCGAAUGGGCCAGUCCCUGUCGCAGUGUCGAUUUGGGCCGCACCAUGGGCCGCAUCGAUCUGAAGCGACGCUACGUGCAGCUGGCCAACUUUUACGAGAGCUUCAGCCCAGCGUGCGGGGGCGUGGCAAAUGAACUGGCCACCGGAGACGAGGAGGCUGUGCAGCAGCUGGCCAAAUCAAUGCCGCCCACUUGCGGCAUAGCAGCGACAACAACAAUGCCAACAACGAUGCCAAAAGUGCACAAGUCAAAGGCAGCAGCAACAACAGCAACAGCAGCAGCUCACCCAAAUGCAAUGCAAUCAAGCGGCAACAACAUCGCGCUGCUAACCACAAAAACUUUAGGGCCAGCUGAAACGACUUCGUUAGCUCAACUGCAGCGCCAACAAAUGCCUGGCAUGCCAACCGAAAUAAUAACAACAACAGCAGCAGCAACAGCAGCAACAACAGCAGCAACCGCCACAGCCAUUGGCGUGCCAAGUUUGCAGCGCGCUGCCAAACGCACAAGCAUUUUGGCAAGCAGCUCAACAACGUCGCCAGCAACAACAACAACGGUAACGGCAACAGCAGCAGCAGCAGAGGGAGCGCCGGCUAGACUGGCCAAGCCAACAAACAUUAGCAAUGUUGCUGCGGUGCCACAAACAAUUUUGGCGCUUAUAAGCUCUGACAUGGCAAACAAACAAAAACUGGCCAAGAGUGUAUUAAAAGAGACAGCAACAGCAGCAACUACAACAGCAACAGCAGCAACUACAAGAGCAACAUCAACAACCAUUGCUCAGGAGGCAAAGCCGAUGCAUAAACAUGCCACGCUGCAGCUGCAUAUUAAAGAUCGUCAUCUAAUUGGAACGCCGCUGCUGAUGCACAAGGGCGACAACCUGCUGAUAGAUGCGGAGCAAUUGCUGCUGCCCGGAACGGCAACUGUGGCGGAUGCGGAAACAUUGGCUGCCAGCCAGCGGCAGGAAGCGACUGAUAAGCGACAAGCGGAAGCAAUAAAGGGCGACACAAAGGCGACUGGAGCUCAUGCCGAGCAGCAGCAGCAGCAGCAGCAGCAGCUGGAGCUGGAGCAUGCCAAGCUGAAGAAGAAGCAGAAGCCCUCGCUGAGCAUUAAGAAGAUGACCUACAGCACCAAGCAUGCAGCAGCAACAACUACAACAACAACAACAACAACUGAAGCAACAACAGCAACAUCCACGCGGCCACAGCAUCAACACAGCAGCGUCAACACGCCGAACGCAUUUAAGCAGGAGCUGAGCACAUUCGCCCAGCUGAAGGCGUUUGUGGAGCUCAAGACGGAAGCCUCCAAGUCCGCCCAGCUGCUGGCCACGCGCCUUCACCCACAGCAGAGCCUGAAUGGCAGCCAUCCCGGCCUGAUGCUGCUGCUCGUCUGCAUCCUGGUGAUUGUCCUGCUCGCCGGCCUCGCGCACGUCUAUCGCUGUGAGCUGCCCUGGCAGCGUGGACCGCGCGCCGGACACCAGCGACCGCAUCACCAGCGCCAGCUCAAUGAGAACGACGAUGUGCACAGCUUUCUGCAUUAUCAGGGCUCCGGCCAGACGGAUCCGGCACGUUUGAGCGCCUGGCAUCACAGCACCAGGCGCGAGGCGCCCUACAGCUCCCCGCUGCACAAUCUGCAGGCGCGUGAGCUGCAGCGCGAGCAGCAGAAGCUGCAGUUCUACAGCGCUUCUCUAGCGGACAGCUCCGCCAGUGGCAGUGGCARUGGCAGCGGUUGCUCCUCCGGCAGCAGUCGCAGCAGUCUCCAUUCGCCCAGCAACGAGGACAGCUACUACAUAGAGAUGGCGCCCAGCAGUCCCAUGGCUGCGGCCGGCGGCAUGCCCCAUCUGCCCAUGGAGCUGCUGGGCAACAGCAACAGACGCAGCAGCAGCAGCAGCACACAUAGAGCUGCGGCUGCUGCCCCACAGCUGGGCAGUGGCCAGACGUCCACGUCGACGUCAGCGUCAACGCUGCGCUCGAUGAGCAGCAAGCUGAUGGCGCCCAGCACACGCCGGCUGGGCAUCUGGUGACAAACCGUUUUUGGACAGCGACAAUACGCAACACUCCAGUGAAUCAAGGGCAAAUAAACAAACACACACACACACACACAAAACACAUAUAUACAUAUAUAUAGAAAAGAUUCUGCAUAGUUUUAAGCCACAGCCCGCAGCUAACGGGCCAAAAUGAGUCAUAAACCAAA